UCAUAACCAUUCUCUUCUUUCCCGUCCAAGGAGGAACCAAAGAGCAAAGAAAAAGAGAGGGCUAUGGAAGAAGGUAGAGUAGUGAAAGAGGAGUACACAGAAGAUGGAACUGUGAAUCUUAAAGGGAAACCUGUUCUUAGAUCCAAAACUGGUGGUUGGAAAGCUUGUUCCUUUGUUGUUGUGUAUGAAGUAUUUGAAAGAAUGGCAUAUUAUGGAAUAUCAUCAAAUUUGAUCCUCUUAUUCACAAAGAAACUUCACCAAGGAACAGUGACUGCUAGUAACAAUGUGACCAAUUGGGUUGGGACCAUUUGGAUGACACCUAUUUUAGGUGCUUAUGUUGCUGAUGCUCACCUUGGUCGUUUUUGGACUUUCCUCAUUGCAUCCUUCAUUUAUCUCUCGGGUAUGUCUUUGCUUACAUUAGCAGUGUCACUUCCUACCUUAAAGCCACCUGAAUGCCAUGAAUUAGAUGUAACAAAAUGCAAAAAACUCUCUACAUUACAAUUAGCUGUGUUCUAUGGUGCACUUUACACUCUAGCAAUAGGAACAGGUGGAACCAAACCCAACAUCUCAACCAUUGGUGCAGACCAAUUUGAUGAUUUUCAUCCUAAAGAAAAAUCACAUAAACUUUCAUUUUUCAAUUGGUGGAUGUUUAGCAUCUUCUUUGGGACCCUUUUUGCUAAUACUGUUCUAGUUUAUAUCCAAGAUAAUGUUGGUUGGACUCUUGGAUAUGCUUUGCCAACUCUAGGAUUAGCAAUAUCAAUCAUGAUAUUCUUGGGAGGAACACCCUUUUAUAGACACAAAUUGCCUGCAGGGAGUACUUUCACUAGAAUGGCUAGGGUCAUAGUUGCUUCUUUGAGAAAAUGGAAAGUACCUGUUCCUGAUGAUACUAAAAAACUAUAUGAACUUGAUAUGGAAGAGUAUGCUAAGAAAGGGAGUAACACUUACAGAAUUGAUUCCACUCCAACAUUGAGGUUCCUAGACAAGGCAAGUGUCAAAACAGGCUCAACUAGUCCAUGGAUGUUAUGCACAGUUACACAUGUAGAAGAGACAAAACAAAUGCUAAGGAUGAUUCCAAUCUUGGUUGCUACAUUUGUUCCAAGUACAAUGAUGGCUCAAGUAAACACCCUUUUUGUAAAACAAGGAACAACACUUGACAGACACAUUGGAAGCUUCAAAAUUCCACCAGCAAGUUUAGCUGCAUUUGUCACAUUGUCCUUGCUUGUCUGUGUAGUGCUCUAUGACCGUUUCUUUGUAAGGAUUAUGCAGAGAUUAACCAAGAAUCCAAGAGGGAUUACCCUUCUUCAAAGAAUGGGAAUUGGUCUUGUUCUUCACACAAUUAUCAUGGUAGUUGCCUCUGUGACAGAAAAUUAUAGGCUUAGAGUGGCAAAAGAACAUGGUUUAGUUGAAAGUGGAGGACAAGUUCCUUUGAGUAUUUUCAUUUUGCUUCCUCAGUUUAUACUUAUGGGAACAGCUGAUGCAUUUCUAGAGGUUGCGAAAAUCGAGUUUUUCUAUGAUCAAGCUCCAGAAAGCAUGAAGAGUAUUGGAACUUCGUAUUCUUCAACUACAUUAGGCGUUGGAAAUUUCAUCAGUUCAUUCCUUUUGUCGACAGUAUCGCAUAUAACUCAGGAACAUGGUCAUAAAGGGUGGAUUUUGAACAAUCUGAAUGAUUCUCAUCUUGAUUACUACUAUGCGUUUUUCGCGGUGUUGAACUUCUUGAACUUGGCUUUCUUCGCGUUUGUUACAAGGUUUUAUGUAUAUAGGGCUGAAGUUUCGGAUUCUAUAGACAUGCUUGCCAAUGAACUGAAGGAAAAGAAAGAGGCUAACCAUGUGAACCUUAUAGAGUAAGUGAUUGGAUCUAUUAGGAAGAAUGUUUAUGAUCAAAAAAUUCCAAAUUUGGAUGGCCAAAGAACUAUAAUUAUGUAUAUAUUUUGUGUGUGAUGGUUUUGGUGACUGGAAAGCCACUUUAGAACAUAAUUCUAAUCAAGUUAGUUAGAGGAAUCCAUUCCAGUGUGUGAUCAUUUGUCCAGUGCAGCCAUAUUGUUAUUGUUUUUGAA